AUGCUGCUGCCCGUGUUCACCCUGAAACUGCGCCACAAAAUCAACCCCCGCAUGGUGGCCGUAGGGCGCUUCGACGGGACGCAUCCGUGCCUGGCGGCUGCCACCCAAGCGGGCAAGGUUUUUAUUCACAAUCCUCAUACCCGGAGCCAGCAUUUCAGUGCGCCCAGAGUCCUGCAGAGCCCCCUGGAGUCUGACGUUUCUCUUCUCAACAUCAACCAGGCUGUCAGCUGCCUGACGGCAGGAGUAUUGAACCCUGAACUUGGCUGUGAUGCUCUUUUAGUGGGUACACAGACUAAUCUUUUGGCUUACGAUGUCUACAAUAAUUCAGAUUUUUUCUACAGAGAGGUGGCAGAUGGGGCCAAUGCAAUUGUGUUGGGGGCACUGGGAGACAUUUCCUCGCCUCUUGCGAUCAUCGGGGGAAACUGUGCUCUGCAGGGUUUCGAUCAUGAAGGAAAGGACCUCUUCUGGACGGUCACUGGAGAUAAUGUUCAUUCCUUGGCCUUGUGCGACUUCGAUGGUGAUGGGAAAAGAGAGCUUCUCGUUGGAUCUGAGGACUUUGAUAUCCGAGUUUUUAAAGAAGAUGAGAUCGUGGCAGAAAUGACAGAAACAGAGAUAGUCACCUCUCUCUGCUCGGUGUAUGGCAGCCGGUUUGGUUAUGCCCUUGCCAAUGGCACAGUUGGAGUUUACGACAAAACAGCCCGAUACUGGAGAAUUAAAUCCAAAAAUUAUGCCAUGAGCAUUCAUGCUUUUGACCUUAAUUCUGAUGGCGUGUGCGAACUGAUAACUGGUUGGUCCAAUGGGAAGGUUGAUGCUCGAAGUGACCGAACUGGGGAGGUCAUCUUUAAAGACAACUUUUCUUCCUCCAUCGCUGGCGUGGUGGAGGGAGACUACCGGAUGGAUGGCCACGUCCAGUUAAUCUGCUGCUCCGUGGAUGGGGAAAUCCGGGGCUACCUGCCAGGCUCGGCGGAGAUGAGAGGGAACCUCAUGGACACCAGCGUAGAGCAGGAGCUUAUCCGAGAGCUGAGUCAGAAAAAACAGAAUCUGUUGCUGGAACUCCAUAACUACGAGGAAAACGCCAAGGCCGAGUGGAGCAGUCCGCUGAAUGAGGCCGAUGGGCAGUGGGGCAUAAUCCCAGCCAACACCAAGCUGCACACCGCCCUCUCGGUCAACCUGGGGAGUGAGACCCGGGCUGCUCACACAGAACUGUGCAUUUCCACUUCGAACGACACCAUCAUCCGAGCGGUACUGAUUUUCGCAGAGGGCAUUUUUCUAGGUGAAAGUCACGUGGUACACCCCAGCAUUCACAACCUUUCCAGCUCCAUCUGCAUCCCUAUCACCCCCCCCAAAGACGUCCCUGUGGAUCUGCACUUGAAAACCUUCGUGGGGUACAGAAGCAGCACCCAGUUCCACGUAUUUGAGCUGACAAGACAGCUCCCAAGAUUCUCCAUGUACGCGCUGACCAGCCCGGACUCCGCCAGCCAGCCACUCGGCUAUGUCAACUUCACGAUUGCUGAACGGGCCCAGAGAGUUUUUAUAUGGCUCAACCAGAAUUUUCUGCUCCCAGAAGACACUGACAUUCAGAAUGCUCCAUUUCAAGUGUGUUUCACAUCCUUGCGGAACGGUAGCCAGCUGUAUGUACAAGUAAAGCUUAAUGGAGAGAUCACAGUGAAGACUGAUGACAUUGAUCUGGCUGGUGACAUCAUCCAGUCACUUGCAUCAUUUUUUGCUGUUGAAGACCUUCAGGUGGAAGCGGAUUUCCCUGUCUACUUUGAGGAGUUACGAAAGGUGCUAGUUAAGGUGGAUGAAUAUCACUCAGUGCAUCAGAAGCUCAGUGCUGACAUGGCUGACAAUUCCAACCUGAUCCGAAGUUUGCUGGUCCGAGCUGAGGAUGCUCGUCUGAUGAGGGACAUGAAAACAAUGAAGAAUCGCUAUAUGGAGCUCUAUGAUCUUAAUAAAGACUUGCUAAAUGGAUAUAAGAUUCGAUGUAACAAUCACACAGAGCUGUUGGGAAACCUCAAAGCAGUAAAUCAAGCCAUCCAAAGAGCAGGCCGUCUGCGUGUUGGAAAACCAAAGAACCAGGUGAUCACUGCUUGUCGGGAUGCUAUUCGAAGCAACAACAUCAACACUCUGUUCAGAAUCAUGCGGGCGGGGACAACCUCUUCAUAG